AUGUCCACAGCUACUCUAAUUACCUUGGUACGGAAUGGGGGGUUCCAAGUGAGAAGGCGAGCCGCGCUCACGUCCCGCUUCCUGCAGGACGAGAAGCGCCCUGCAGCCGCCUGCUCCAUCUCCACCUGCGAGCGCCGCGCCUCCCGCUUCGACCCCGAAGGGAGCGGGCGGCCGACCACAUGGGACACCUUCGGCAUCUGGGACAACCGCAUCGAUGAGCCCAUUCUCCUCCCACCCAGCAUCAAGUACGGGAAGCCGAUCCCAAAGGUGAGCCUGAGCAAGGUGGGCUGCGCCAGCCACAUCGGGAAGCGAAAGGAAAACGAGGACCGGUUCGAUUACGCUCAGCUGACAGAGGAUGUCCUGUACUUCGCAGUGUACGAUGGGCACGGCGGGGCAGCAGCUGCAGACUUCUGUGACACAUACAUGGAAAAAUAUAUUAAGGAAUUUCUUGCUGAGGAGGAGAACUUGGAAAAUGUUCUGAGUAAAGCUUUUCUAGAAAUAGACAAAGCAUAUGAAAGGCAUGCUAAUCUCUCUGCUGAUGCAACUCUGCUGAACUCUGGGACCACUGCAACAGUGGCUCUGCUCCGGGAUGGAAUUGAGCUGGUUGUGGCGAGUGUGGGAGACAGUCGAGCUCUGCUGUGCCGGAAGGGAAAGGCCAUGAAACUCACCACUGACCACACUCCAGAGAGAAAGGAGGAGAAGGAAAGGAUUAAGAAGUGUGGUGGCUUCGUUUCCUGGAACAGUUUGGGACAGCCUCAUGUGAACGGUAGACUUGCAAUGACACGGAGCAUAGGAGAUUUGGAUCUUAAAAACAGUGGUGUGAUAGCCCAACCAGAAACAAAAAGGGUUCAGCUGCACCAUGCAGACGACAGCUUCCUGGUGCUGACCACCGACGGCAUCAACUUCAUAGUGAACAGCCAGGAGAUCUGCAACUUCAUCAGCCAGUGCCACGACCCUGCUGAGGCUGCCCUCGUGGUCACUGAGCAGGCUGUGCAGUUUGGCUCUGAAGACAACAGCACAGUUGUCAUAGUGCCAUUUGGAGCUUGGGGCAAGUACAAGAACGGGGAGAUCACCUUCUCCUUCAGCCGCAGCUUCGCUUCCAGUGGGAGGUGGGCGUGAAGACAAUGCCACAGCCAACCUUUCCUGCCAUCACCUGGCCACAGCGUGCUACAGGAGAACACCUCCAUCUGUUCCUAGGCUGACUCAAUGUCUUGUCCAUCUCUUC